GGCUGCAAGAUAGAGGGUGAGAAAUGUGAUUUUUGUGUGAGGAGGAACAACACAUCGGCUUUUACUGACCGGCGUGUGUACAUGAAGAGGCAGCAUGUCUCUGUUCAAGGCCCGUGAUUGGUGGUCAGCAGCGCUUGGCGAAGGGGAGGAGUUCGACCAGGGAUGCCUCUGUGUCGGAGACGUGGACAACAGUGGCACCGGACACGACAAGGUGGUGGUGGGCAGCUACAUGGGGAUGCUGCGGAUAUUCUCCCCAAACGUCAACAAGACCAGCGAGGGAGGUCCGGCUGACGCCCUGCUGCUGGAGGUCCAGCUUAAAAACGCCAUCAUCCAGGUGGAAGUGGGCAAGUUUGUCUCGUGUUCAGAUCUUCUUCACCUGGCUGUCCUUCACCCCAGGAAGUGUUCAGUCUACUCUGUUUCAGGCACUGCAGGGAACGUGGAGCAUGGAGACCAGUACCAACUGAAGAUGGUUUAUGAACACAAUCUGAAGAGAACCGUCUGCAACAUGACCUACGGCUCCUUCGGAGGGGUCACAGGUCACCACUCGCUGUGUAUCCAGUCCAUGGAUGGGAUGCUGAUGUUCGUGGAGCAGGACAGCUACACCUUCGGCAGGUUCCUCCCCGGCUUCCUGCUGCCCGGCCCGCUGGCCUACAGCCGGAGAACCGACAGCUUCCUCACCGUGUCCGCCGCACGCCAGCUGGAGAGCUACAAGUAUGAGACUCUGGCUGUGGCUGCAGAGGCAGAGAGUCGACAGGAUGCGGAUCUGCCGCUCAAGACGGGAGGCAAGAGGCUGACGCCUGACUGGACGUUUGUCCUGGGAGAACAGGCCCUGGAUCUGUGUGUGCCCUCCUUCUCCUCCUCCUCAUCCUCCUCCUCCAUCUUCGUCCUGGGUGAGAGGAACCUCUACUGUCUGCGGGACAACGGCCAGAUCCGCUUCAUGAAGAAACUGGAGUUCAACCCCAGCUGCUUCCUGCCCUACAGCUCAGUGACGGAUGGCACGACCAACCUGUUGCUAGGUAAUCACACCAACAUGCUGCAGGUUUACCAGGAUGUGACUCUGAAGUGGGCGGCACAGCUCUCCUUUGUGCCCGUGGCCAUUCGUGUCGCCAACUUCCCGGAGUUAAAGGGAGUGGUGGUGAGCCUGAGCUCUGAUGGACACCUCCUCUGCUCCUACAUGGGUACGGACCCGUCGUUCUUCUCCACCCCCAAGGUGGAUGCCAGGGAGGCGGACUACGAGCAGGUGGAUGCUGAGAUGAAGAAGCUGCAGAAGUUCAUCAGAGAGGCCACCAGGACUCAGGACAUCCUGACUAAAAGCGACGCUGAGGAGGAUCUGAUCGUCACGGUGACCGUGUCCUCCAGCAUGGACAGCCCAUCGCAAGCUCUGAUCCAAGAUAUGGACGACCUGCCCGUGCCUUCAGUUACCGUACAGGUGAAGGUGAAGGCCCGUUGUGUCGUUCAGUCCCCCAAACUGACCGUCUCCCUUCAGCCUCCUCUGGCCGUCACUCAGGAUCAGUUCGUCCUGGAGCCCAUAGGUGUCGGUAAAUCCACAGUUGUGGCAUUUUCGGCUUUCCUCAACGGCCGCUACCCCGCUGCUGACCUGAGCGGAUACGUCACCGUGUCCUACAGCUCGCCGACAGAGCUUAAUCCAAAAGGAGUUCCCAGGGUUCUUCAGUCCAAGUUCAGUCUUCCUCUGGCGUUGGUGUGUGUCCCUUCCUCUCCGGCCAAAACCACCAAGUUUAAGAUCACCGUGGAUACCAACCAGGCACCAGUCGAUCUCAGCACCCUCUUCCCAGAGUUUUCAACAAAAUCUGAAGAUAAGGAGGGGAAUAGUUUGGCUUUCCAGUUCCUGGCGGGAGCCAAGGUGACCGUGGUAGCUUCAAAGACCUCCCAGCGUUACCGUAUUCAGAGCGACCGUUUUGAGGACAUGUGGUUGGUGGUGAAUGAGUUGGUGCAGAGAUUCGAUCAGCAUUUCUCCACACUGGGAGUGCAAGACUUCAAGAAGAGCUUCAGUGGACCGCUCCCCCUGCAGGAGUACUUCCUGUCUGUAGACCACCACUUCCAGCUGCGUGUCAGUGCUCAGCAGUACCAGGAUCUGCUGUCUGAGCGGGCCGUCCAGUUCAGAGCCAUCCAGCGCCGCCUGCUGACCCGAUUCAAAGACAAGACCCCGGCCCCCCUCCAGAACCUGGACACACUGCUGGACGCCACGUACAGCCAGGUGAUAGCACUGGCGGAGGCGGCGCAGGAGGCCCGGGAGCAGCUGGAGGAGGCGCUGGUGCGUCUGAGAGGCUCCUCCCACCUGCUGGUGCUGCUGCUGUCCCUGUGGCAGGGCCUCCCCCCCGACCAGACCAGCAUCCUGGAGGCUGCGCUGCUGCCACUGCUGCAGGACACCCCCCAGCUGGGUUGGGAGGAGAGCUGUGACGCCGCCGUGUCCCACCUCCUGCGCAGCUGCCUCUCCAGGAGCCCCAGGGACCAGGCCACCUCCCUGGCCCAGCAGGGGGGUCCCGUCCUGGGCCUGCCCCGAGACACCGCCCGCCUCAAGAAGCACAUCACCCUCCUGUGUGAGCGCAUCGCCAAGGGAGGCCGCCUCACCCUCGCCUCCGAGGCCAACGCCGUACCCUUACAGGUCCAAAACCUCGCCGCUCCAGGAGGUGUUGAGCCCAUUGCCGAGGUGUCUGCUGACGGAGAGGAGCCGGAACUUCAACAGGAAGCCACCAAGUUCAUCAAGAAGAAACAGCCGUCUAAGAAAGUCAAGAAAGAUAAAGACUCUAAAGAGAAGAAGGAGAUAUCCAGGGAGUCGUCAGAGCCCACCGUGAAAGAAGAAAGGGGAAGUGCAGAGGAACCCGUCAAGGAGGCGAAAAAGGAGAAGAAGGAGUCAUCCAAGGAGAAGAAGGAGCCGAAGAAGGAUUCAAGCAAAGAGGAGGCGAAGAAGGAGACAAAGAAAGAAACGUCCUCCUCCAAGGAGAAGAAGGAGUCAUCGUCGUCUUCAAAGGAGAAGAAUGAGAAGGACAGAGACAAGGAAGGAAAGGAGGCCAGCAAGGAGACAGGGGACAAGAAAGUGCCCAGGAAGUCGUCGGUAAAAGUGAAAGAGAAGAAGAAGGAGCCCGAGGCUGGAGAUGUUUGACAGGAGCCGAGCAAUAAGAUCACAUGAUAUGCACGUGCACACACACACACACACACACACACACACACACACACACACACACACACACACACACACACACACACACACACACACACCCACACGCACACACACACACAUCUAUUUAUACAGAGUCCAUGUUAACGUACACAAGGACACACACGCAUUCACAUAUGCAGUCUUAGUAUAUAUCCUCAUGUAAAUACACUAAGGCCACAUAUUGUAUGUCAGGAGCAGAGCGAUUUCUUCCCAGACACAUAUGUACAUUUUCAAGAAAUACAGUAAAGCAGGAAUGACUCGUAAAACCGGGAAAUGAGUUAGCAUUUUAGCAUUUCAGGUUUGUCUGGAAUGUCAAUGGUUUGUUGAAGGUGUUUUUGGUAAGAAGUCUGAAAUAAGGUCUGGGGUUAACACAAGUUGAAGACAUGUUCACGUUUGUUUCAUGCCAUGAAAUACGCCAGUUAAAACCUCAUUGGUGAAUAAAAAGGUUGAAAACAAGUGUCCAAAUUACAGUCUUAAACAUCAUGACGCUAACCAAUAGCCUUUAGCUUAGCACAAAUCUCUUCAGCUUCUAACCAAAAACACAUUAAAAAAACCAUUGACUUACAGACGAGGGAAACAGAAAUACUAUCUCAUUUCUAGGUUUUGGGACUCAUUCCUGCACCACUCAA